CAGCAGCAGGGUGGCGGCGUCCAAGUAUGGCGGUGGAGGGCUCUCACUGGGCUCCGGCGUCGCGGUGAGACGCGGCAUGAAGUGCGCCGGCGUGGCGGGCGCCAGCGGCGACGAGCUGUUGCUCGGCAGCUGCUGGCUGGACCCCAAGCUCGAUAACUCUUCCCCCCCGCCCACCUGCCACGAACUUCUCGACUCUCUCCUCGCCCCUACCCCCCUCGCAGAGCUAAAGCCUCUCCCUCCCUUUACUGGCUACACCGGCCACCUCUCUAUCAACGGCAUCUCUGGACACCACUACCACGCUAUCGCGCAACGUCUUCCAGAAGAAAACAACAACUAUCCAACGCAGAGCGGCUACGGCGCCGACCACGAUGUCGUGUCUUCGUCAACGUGUGCAGCUGACACCGAGCCCCCUGACUUAGAGGAUGUCAAGCCAUUCCUCGAUGCGCCAGACACCAAGCCUUUCGCUGACACCUCCGCUGCAGACUCCUGUGCCGCGUCCUGCUCCCCACCCGCUAAGCUUUUUGAGGAUGGGCACAAGCAGGACAUGUACGAUAUCAGUUCGAUAGAAGAUAUCGCAGCGAUCAUUGGCUCAGCUAUCGCCGACACGACUGUACCCUCGCAACCAGAGGAUCCCGAGAGAAAUGAUUCCAGAGACAGUUGGAUGGACAUCGAUGCUUGGAUCUCUGGCGCGUGCACACAACCUGGUGAUAAAAUAGUGCAGCAGGAUCUUGCUGAGUUUGGUUUGCCUAAUUCACCACCUUCGGGUCAGAAUCAUCAUUCCAGUCUUGAUUACCCUUGCAAAAAUCAGGAAUUUACAAAAAGUACUGAGUUUCUUCAGAAGAAUUUAGGACAAGCUGGAUCGACAUUGCAGUCUUUGUUGACGCAUGGCUACAUGCCACUGCUACAAAAUCGGCUGCAAAACGGGCCCCCGGUGAAGCAGGAGGCGCCGAGCUCUACAAGUUAUGGAAUGGACGUGAUAUCAACCUCAUCUCCGCCUGGGAACGCUGUCUCCACGACUGAUGGUGUUGGUGGGUUAUUAAAUGGUCGAUACGCACCACAUUAUGCGCUCGGUCUAAAACCAGAUGGCCUCUGUAGUCCAGAAAGACUUCUAGGCUACCCGCAUGCUCACACCACUACUUCCACGCCAGCUAGUAAAAGCAAAAGGAGUCGAGCUAAAGCGAAACAGGCGAAUAGUGGUAACAUGCACGGAAGCUCACUCGCGUUCCCGUCAGCGACCGCGGCGGAGCUGAGUGGGCUGCUGGGUAAGGAGAAGCCGGUGCACCGGUGUGGGAUAUGCAAUAGAGGGUUUCUGAACAAGUCCAACAUAAAAGUACAUCUGCGAACACACACGGGGGAGAAACCGUUCCGGUGCGACGUGUGCGCGAAGGCGUUCCGGCAGAAGGCGCACCUCAUCAAGCACCAACAGAUCCACAAGAGGAUCGGCAGGGACUAGCAUACGUGUAGGUUCUAGCUCAAGACGAAGCAUUUGUAGUUUGUAAUAUAGUGUGUCUGUGACUGUAGUGUCAGUGGGCGUGGUGACGCAGUGCGCGCUGAAUCUCAUGUAGGCUAUUGUAAAUUUAUUUCGUUAGGGACGCAGAGGUCGCGCCUCACAUAGAACUAUGGCAUUCCUCGUAGACAGGUGUCGCCAGGCGCGCGAUGCUCUGUAUGUCUCCUAACGUAGUUACGUGGUAUCACGAGUAAUUAAUUAACCCAUUAGUAUAACAUUCCUAAGGACAAGUGCAAUGUUAACUAGUUUUAAGCAAUUUAUAUUUUCUGUAUUAUAUGAUUAGUUCGUAAGUCCUUAAAGUUUCCCUCUCCGCUCUUCACGAUUGUUUUCUGAGCUAUCCGUCUCAUUAGUGUAGUAGUCUCCUAUUAUUUCGGUUAUGUGUUGCCGUCUGUAUGUAUGUAUGACUUGUAACAAGCUACGUAACUCGCGCGCUCUCAAAUAGUGCCUUAGGAUCGGUCAAAACAUGAACGAAUUAUAUAUUUGUAAUGUAGAACAUUUUUAUUUAAUUUUGUAUGUGAAUGGUUACUCCGAUUACCUAUUGUUAGUCAGAAAUUUUAAUUAGAUUUUUCUUAUAAAUGUAUAAAAUAAGUACUUAAUUAAUUUAAGGAAGAGAAAUGACAAAGCUCAUGAGGCUAACACGAUACUGCCAAGUAUAAACCUUUUGUACUUAUAAACUUUGUAUAAAAUACUCUUUUAAAAUGUAUAUGAAGUAGGGAUCAUUAAUUAUUUGGUUGGCAACAUAGUUUAUGAGUAAGGUUUAGUUUUGAUAUCGCUGCUGCUAGUUAUUUAUUAUCUUCGCGCCACUUCUUGGCUCUCUGAAUUAACUUUCUACUUGAAGAAACAAGUAUUAAUAACAUAACAUACCUCAGUAACACAUCAGUCACAAUAUGUAAAUAAAUAAAAAUCUUUGCGACUUAUGUUAUACUUAAAUCAUAAUAUAUGUUCAUCGCUUCAAAUAAAUAUUUAUUAUUAAAAAAAUUGGGACCAAAAGUUUAAAAAGCAACUUGCAAAGGUUUUUAAUGUUAUUAUCGAAGUAAUCAUUAAUCCAUUCUGUCAUUUAAACAUUUAGUAUUUAAUACGAAUCACGACCAUUUCAUUAUUACACUAAAAUUCGGAUCAUAACUUCACAAGUCAAUUUAAAUCAGAAAUCUUUGCGCAUCUCUCAUUCUCAUUUCACUUACAUUUAACUUAGUUCAGAAUCACUCAAUAUCAUUAUUUCAUAAUGUCAUCACAUUAUAAUCAUUAUGAUACAGCUGUCAGAUCAUCACAAAGCAAUCAUACAAAUAUUCAUCAUUAACAGCAUAUUCGCACCUCAUUAUCAUCACAAAUAUCAAUAGGAGGAAAGACGGUGCAAUAUCUUAUUCAUUGUCAUACAACCACUUCAUUCAUUUAAUUAGCUUGACUGUCAAGAUUGUUAAAAAGUGAAUCCCUAUAAUAAAACUAUAACAGUAAUCAGCAUCCGAUACUGCCAUCUACAGCUCAAUUUUAAUAAGAGCUAAAUCUCAAUUGUGUUUUUGCAUUGAACCACCUUCAGAAUUCAGAUGUAUAAUAAAUUCAAUAAUUAAAAAAACAACGGAUAAAUUUUAUUGAUGGAAUAUAACGGCCAAUCACAAGUCGCAAUUGAAUACUUAUAUUUUAUGCUGAACGCUAGAUGCGGCGGUGCACGCGAACGGAACUCGACGCGUCCGGGAAGCGGACGGAUAAAAAAUCAAAUUCGUACUAAUAAUACCGAUCCGUUGUUGCGUAAGAUUGCUAUUCGUUGGCAGUUUAUAAUUAUUGUUACGGCAUUACACACACACGUAUUUGGGCCAUUUACCUGUAGCGAGGCUAAGGGCUGCGUGAUUCGGACUGAGAACCAAUUACACCGCACUCGUAGUUUGUAAUAAACUUCAUGAUUUAUUACUGGAUCACGUGAGACUGACGAAUUUUAUUAUCUUUAUGUUCUAUUCUAUCAACUACUUGUUUAAGGGGAUCAUUCUUGCUAGGUUAACACUAUUCUUCAUGACAGUCAUCGUGAAUCAUAAAACAUUGCAAAUUCAUUCUAUACAUCCAUCACAUAAAUUAAAUCGUCAACAUCAUCACAAUCAAAACUAAAAACUUUCAUUAAUUUCACAAAAUUUUGCAAAUCAUUUCGUAACAAUAUGUUGCAGAAAAAUAAUAAUCAUCGUAGCAUCAAACACAGGUCUCAUAUCACACAGGUCUCGUAAGUCACAGGUCUCAUAUCACACAGGUCCCAUAUCAUAGAUAACUCAUCUCAUUAACUUAAGACUGUGAACUUUGACAUAAAGCUGCGUACACACAUUCCAUCCCCAUACAUUGUUAUCUCGUGUGCUAUCAUCUUUCAUCUUGUGUAUUCGAUACACUCAUAAAAUACUAACAUUCCAAGUACAGCACAUCAAGCUACACUAAACUGUCAUAGGAUAUUAGGUCGUAUUAUAAAAUAAUAAAGUUGGAUAUCUAUUAGAGGAAUUUUGCAGUUCGGAUAGUUUGGUGUGCUGUUAAGCUAUCAUUGUCGUAGGACAAUCUUUGACUGUUUGAAGCGUUGAAGCGCUCGUUGAGACAGGUUGCGGCUGUCUAGUAGGGAAAAACACACGCUGCGGGUAAUGACGUGUUUUUAAACAAAAUCUCACAUAUCCCGUUAUAACUUUCAUCUCACUGCUUUUCAAUAAAUUCACCACAAAUUGAAAGUAAAGCAAAAAUGUUAUCUCAGUAUAAAUUAGAGUUAAUCUCGAUACCAACUGUAAUCUUUAGAUUUUAAUGUCAUUUAAACUAACGGAUAUUUCGAAAAGAAAGCAAAAGUCGAGUACUUCUUUCCGUUAGGUUUUAUUAAUUUGCUUUCUCUGAUAAAAUGUAUAUCACUGAACGCAGUUGCAACUAUUUAGAAAACUGCAAUUAAAUUAAUGCGUUUAAAAAUGCAAACUGCAUAAAACUUUCAUCUGAAAAUGGUGACCCACAAUGUUAUCGUGUAACAGCACUAUCUCGAUGUAUACUGAAUACUUUAUGUCUGUAUGUGUAUCGCAUGUUAACUGUCGCGUCUUAAUUAUUCAAUGAAUGAAUGUCAUUACUUUAGAGAUUACGAACAAAUGAAUCUGAACGCCCGGCGGCGCAGGCGCAGCGUGUGUGAGUAGAACUUAAUAAAAGUACCUUUUGUUAGAAUAUAAAUUGUUAGCGUUAAGUAUUUAUUUUUCAAUUAUAAUUUUUGUAAUUAUUAAUUAAUUGUAAAGGAUUACAGUUGACGAAAACAAUUAAAUAUUAUGCGUACUUUUAAGGCGGCGAAUGUUAUUUUUCAAGAGGUUUUUUUUCCAGUAGUUUAAGUAAAUUUGUAAAUUAAUGUAAAAUAAAUGAAGAUUUUUUUUG